AUGGUCCUACCGCUGUGUCGGUGUCGGGUACUGUAUAUAGGAUCGUCUGUGCCAACGAUCACCAAAGAUGGUCUCCAGGGUAUCCAACAACCGCUUCGGGAACGCUAUCCCGUCGAGGACACACCAGAGACCCGUGGAAUCGAUUCAUGGCUUUCCGUAUGGUCAAAUGGUAUUCUACUCGAGUAUAUUGAAGGCGAUAAGAAGAGCGAAACGGCGUUCUUCCCUAUUAACACGCUACAUUAUUGCGCCGCAGUGCGAUAUGUGAACGUUACGGGUUAUGCGGUGGAAGGUGGUGGUGAACGAUUUUUGCCACUCGACUCGCCUUUCGCCAAUAUUCCCGACUUCACCACAUCCGCCUAUUUUUGCCGCAAUAAUGAGACGAACCACUGGUGUAAUGGACUGAUUCAGGUACUGGAAUGCCAUGGAUUUAUAUGCACGAACAACAAGGCAGCUAAUGCCCUUGUUCGCUGCUGCUUCCACGCCUACGCGGAUUCUAUUUAUCUAAAAAUGGACGAAAAAGUCCCGGGAUUGAAAGCUAUAAAGGAAGGAUCCACGGGAGAACGAUCACCAGGUAGCCCACAAAGCGAAGAGGGCAAUUCCAUCGAAGGAGAGGAUCAUGUCGAUCGUGCGCCGAAGGGAUGGGAACGACGCCAACAAGACGGCGAAUACGAUAGUGUGAGCAUUAGCAGCAGUUUGGUCCGUGGAGGAAAACGUGCGGCUAGUGAGACAGGAGUCCGAAUGCCACCCCCUCCACCCCAUAUGUUCCCAAUGAUGGCACCACCGUUUGCACCACGAGGAUUUUUCAUGCCACCACCUCCACCACAUUUCAUGGGACAUCCGUAUCGUCCAACCAGCCCCGGCGAAGGACCAAUUAUUACCGGACCGGAGUCGAUUUACGGUACGAUCCCGCGUCGAAACGCCUACGAGGAGCCAGUGUACAUGCCCGGAUCUCAUGUGGGACCACCUGAGGCGUCCUAUCAGCCAGGGAACUACCCUGCUGACCACUACGAGUCCUACUAUGACACCUACAGGAGGAAAUCAACGAAGAAGGAUGGUGCCGCCAGCAGUGUUCACUCCCGACAAGACAGUUCUUCAGUUUGGGAACAGUACGAGGCCGGCAUUUACAGAAAACCCCACCUGAACGAGAAAGCCUUUGGAGGAACAUUAAAUGGUCUUAGGUCAACGGCGGUCAAGGAAACGAGCAACACCACGUUAAACAGAAAUGGCAGUCCUGAAAUGACUACGCAAACGGUUGAAGCAAACGUAAGACGAUUUUUUGUUUCCCGACCGGACACACCACCAGUCGACUACGAGGCAUUUGAAAAUAUGAAGAUCAAGCAGACGCAACAACACGGUGGCAACGGCCGAACCCCUGUCUACUGA